AUGGUAUACAUCUUACAGCUGGCCUUGGCAGAUGUGUUUCCGGAUCAGUAUGUGAAGUCCUUAUUAGCAGCCGAUAAGGAUCACCAGCUGUAUGUGGAUGCCUUUCAGAAUCAUGACACUGGAACUGAAGUCACUGAGGAAGGUGUGAAGAUUCAAAGUCCAGGCAUCCUUGUGUCCACCACUGGGGUCAUUGGGACUGGCUAUACCUGUACUCAUGCCUUCCGGGCCGUCCUCUUUGAGCCUGACUAUCUGGAAGGUGUCGAAGACCAGGCGUUUGCGCGGAUUUGCUGA